AUGCCGUGUCCAGCCGCGGAAACCGAGUACAACACGCCGCUCUUCGCGUUCGUGGAGGGACAGCUUAGUCUCAGUCUCGAGGACUUCGACGACCCGGAUGUGUACGCAGAUCCCUCUCCGGAAGAAUGGGUCCGUCGUUGCGCUAGCCGGAGAAGGAAGGAGGCUCUGUCCCGGCAGAGGGCCUCCGACAGUAACGAGGGCGUAACUCACUCUUGCGCGGCUGCCACUCUGUCGCGCGAUGGUUCGGCGAACCAGCCAGAUAACAGGCACUGGUUGAACACUGGUGUUCCGGAACCUGCAUCGCGACGGCGCUCCGAAGGCAGUUCUGGGACUGCUGCUGACAGCAAUCACGCUCCACAAGAAAACACGCACAGAAACUCCCCGAAAGGCGCUGUAGGACAGCUUGGGGGAGUCCCUCUCAAGGACGAACACGCGAUGAAUGCAGGCUCUGAGCCACUGCAGUUUGUGGAACAGUGUUCGGAGGAUGCCGACGUGCUGCAUUUUCUUGACGGCGACUGGCGGAUGACACCUUGCUGGGUUCUUGACUACUUGAAAGCCGAGAAGAAAUUCAGAGUUCGGCUGAAAAUAAACGGGACCGAGAAAACUGUGCACCGUCUCUCUCUCCGGUUCGGCAGUGAAGAUCCAGUGAGGUGCCAAGAAAGAGCGGACAGGUGUCGACGAAGGCGGGACCAGAUGCGCCUUCGCCAGUCUCUCAUCAACCUCAUUCACGGUCUUCAGGACUGUGAGUUCCCGCCUCUCGGCAUGCAAGCGAAACAGCGAGUGUUGAAGCGGCUUCUGCUCAAAGGGCGAGGCCGUCUACGGAAGUUCGAUCACGGAUCUGCCGGUGGCCUGUUCAAUGAGUUGGAAGACCUCCACAUGUUCGCCAUGAAGUUCUCUGCAGUCCGCCACAAAACCUUUACUCUCAAUGGAACCCCUUACGCGUUUCUCACCCCUGAUAAGUUGCAUUCAAGAUUUGGAUCUCUCUUCGUUCCUCUUCUCCCUCCACUGAUGAAGGAAACGGGAUGUGAACGUGUUGCUGGCAUGACAAGUCUCUCGAGAACCAAAGCGCUUCUCAAACGCAGUCCACAUUUCAAGAAGGAAAUCGCCAAGCUAGUCCUUCACGUGGCGAAUCGUUUCUGGGAAAUCCAGGACUUUCGCUUUCUGGACAUCAACCGCGGAAGGAACCGACAUCGGUUCCUUCCAGGGAUCAUGACGCGGGCGAAUCAUCGCAGAAACCACACUGAUCCCGUCGCGUUCAGACUGGACCAGUUCAUUCAGCAUCAGCAAGACCAUUGCGCAGAUGUUAAAGAUGUCCUAGAGGAGCAUUGGCGUGAAUUUAUAUACAAUGAGACCAUGGCCACACUUGGCAGUCUUGGCAGCGAGUAUCAGUUCUACGUUGACGACUCGGAGAAGUACACGCGAAGCGAUCUGCGCAAGAUCCUCCGAAAAAUUGAUAUCAUCCUCUCGCACCACAUGAUGGAAUUCAUUCAGACCUCGAUUGCCGACUGGAAACGCUUCUUCCUCUCCUUCGUCGCCGACGAAACCUACCACCCCGCUGACCCUCUGCUGAUUCUUGACGUCCAUGCGACAGAAAACGGCGUGCGACUCUCUCCAGAUCCAGCUACUGUCACUCGAGAAGUCUCCUCCCUUCUGGACUGGGUAAUUGAACAGUCCAACCGAGUCACGUCUCUCGAGAAGGAGUUCCUGCCGUUUGUGGAGAUGCAAAAUCCACCAUUAUACGAGAUUUCGGCGACGUAUGAGCCGCUGAAAGAGACUCGUGAGGUGGUCCAGCGUGUGCUCCAAACGUGCCUCCGAGAGGCAGAAAAUUACCUCGCUCUCUUCAACAAAUUUGCCUUUUUAUCAAAUGAUAUCGCGGAACAUGCAAAGAACGCUCGGGCCGGUUUUGAUCCGUCCGAUCUCUCGCGUGUCCGGGAAUGCCUGAAGAAAUACCACGCCGCAAUGUUUGAAAUUCAGACGGCUUGCCCGACAGAAGUGAAGUUGCAAAUGAUCAUCUUGGAUUGCUCGCAUGUGAAAGAAACACUUUCGGCCAGGGCCGAAAGGCUCUGGAAGGCUGAAUGCGAGAGGGUGUCUACUUUCAUAGCGGAUCAAGUGGCUGUUGUGAUGAAAGAGUGGAGCGAUCUCCAUGAUCGCGUCUUGACCAUUCCGGCGACAGAAGAAGAGCUCGGCUCCUUGAAGACUCUCAUCGCGACAAUAAAUGAACUGGCGGAUCCACUGACGGCGAAAACGAAGUUCAUUCACGAAGCCAUCGACUUACUCGCCUCCUUCAACUUCUCCAUCAACAAAUCUGUGCAUGAAGACGCCUACAGGGCCUUCAGCUGGCCUCUUCAGAUCAAAUCCGACCUCAUCGAAACUGGCGAAAUUCUGGAACAGGGACGACUUCGGUUUGAGGAGAAACUGGAAGCCGACAAGGUAGACUUGGAGAAGGACUUGAGCCAACUGGAGCAAGAGGUUGAUUUCGUGCAGAACGAGAUGACAGACUUUGAGCAGGCUAUGGAGCAUUACAAGCGAAUCUUGCAAUUGCAAGAGAAACUAACUGGUGCCAAAAAUCGGACCGAAGCGUUUACGAAAGCAGAAGCUCUCUUUGGCUUGGAGGAGCUGUCAGACUACAGUCGUGUCGACGACCUCAUAGAUAGCUUCGAGCCUUUCAGAAAAUUGUGGGCGUUGGCCGUGGACUUCAAGUAUGGCGAGUUGCAGUGGCUGAGCUGUACUGUCACGUCUCUGGAUCCGACGGAGGUGGAGAUGAGUUUGGACAAAUGGACUCAGGAAGCCUACAAGUUGCGGAAGCAUUUUCUGACAGAAUCGCGGCCUAUGCAGGUGUCCGUGGCGGAUGAGUUGCAUCGCGCAAUUGAUCGUUUCCGCCAGCAUCUUCCUCUGAUUCGUCCGCUGUGUAACGAAGCCUUUUUGCCUCGGCACUGGGCUGAUUUGCUGCGGACCACUGGCUGCGAUCUAGACAUCGAAGAAGGCUUCUCCCUCACGCAGCUUCUGGAGAGUGGGAUCGCCAGUCAUCUCCAGACGAUAGAAGAGAAGAGUGAAUUGGCUCAGAAGGAAUUUACGCUGAAGAGUUCCCUUGUGAAGAUGAAGUUUGAGUGGAAAGCGAUGCAGAUUCAGCUUAUUCCCUUCAGAGACACAAAAACGUGCGUCAUGAAAGGCUUCGACGUGGUCCAAGCACUGCUCGAGGACCACCUCGUGCGCACACAGACAAUGCGCGGCUCUCGCUUCAUCCGAUGCAUUGACUACCAGAGCCGAGACUGGGAAACGAAACUGCUCGAGACGCAGCAGGCGCUCGACAGCCUGCAAGUCUGCCAGCGGUCCUGGAUGUAUCUGCAGCCGAUUUUCCAGAGCGCAGAUAUCUCGAAGCAAAUUCCACAAGAGGCGGGCCUGUUCCGCGAGGUCGAUGCGCUGUGGCGGCGCACCAUCGCCCAGGCGGAGGAGACGCCGGGCGUCCUGGACAUUGUCGAAUUCGACAAUCUUCACCACGACCUCACACAGGCCAACGCGAAGCUCGCACAAAUCAUGAGAGGCCUCAACGACUUCCUGGAGACAAAACGCCUGGCGUUCCCCAGGUUCUUCUUCCUCUCAAACGAGGAGCUUCUGGCUGUUCUCUCGCAAACCAAAGACCUGUCGCCUGUUCAAAUGCACUUGAACAAAUGCUUCGAGGGCAUUCAUAGGGUUGCGUUCGGCGAAAACGGGACCGUAAUCAACGCCAUACAAAGUGCCGAAGGCGAAGAGAUUCCUCUAGCGCGCCCGGUUGCUCUCAUCGACGGAACCCGAUUCGUCGGGGCUGAAUACUGGCUUGGAGAGGUGGAGAGCUCCGUUGGCGACAGUCUCCGAGGUAUAAUGGACGCAGCGAUGAAAGAUUACCCGAUACGGCCCAGAACCGAAUGGUGUUUAUCCUGGCCAGGGCAAGUUGCCCUAACGGCCAGUCAGAUUUUCUGGACUUCAGAGGUCGCUGCCGCGAUCAGCGACGCUCAACUUCCGGGCUACCUGGACAAGUGCAACGAUCAGCUUCAAGGGCUCGUUCGUCUCGUCCGGGGAAGCCUCACGAAACUGAAUCGGCUGACGGUGACGACGCUCCUGACCAUCGACGUGCACGCGCGGGACGUCGUUGAGGAGCUGAAAAAGGAAAACACAUCUUCCCUUUCAGAUUUCGAGUGGAUCGCGCAACUGCGUUUGUCGUGGCAGCUGCCUGGAAGCGUCACGCUGUUGACAGGCAAGAGAAAUACAAACCCAGAGAUUCAGUUGAGCAUGAUAAAUGCGCGGAUUUUCUACGGCUUUGAAUACUUGGGAAACACCGAAAGACUCGUCAUCACGCCGCUGACGGAUCGGUGCUACCGAACGCUAAUCGGCGCCUUCCACUUGCAGUACGGCGGCGCGCCUGAAGGCCCCGCGGGAACAGGAAAGACAGAGACAACCAAGGAUCUCGCCAAAGCUGCUGGCAUGCAGUGUCUUGUUUUCAACUGCUCCGAUGGGCUCGACUACGUGUCGAUCGGGCGAUUCUUCAAGGGCCUCGUUUCCUCCGGCGCCUGGUGUUGCUUCGACGAAUUCAACCGAAUUGAUGUCGAAGUCCUCUCCGUCAUUGCGCAGCAAGUACACGCAAUACAGCAGGCGAUUCGGAACCAAGUGAAAGUCUUCUUGUUUGAGGGAACGGACGUCAAACUCGUGCCGUCUUGCGCCAUCAACAUAACCAUGAAUCCGGGUUAUGCUGGACGAUCGGACCUCCCGGACAACCUCAAAGCUCUCUUCCGACCUUGUGCAAUGAUGAUCCCUGACUCGUCUUUGAUUGCGGAAGUCGUGCUCUACUCCUACGGAUUUGCAGAUGCGCGAAAUGUCGCUCGAAAGGCGCUGGCCUGCCUCCGUCUGUCGUCGGAGCAGCUGUCUUCACAAGAUCACUACGACUUCGGCAUGCGCGCUCUCAAGGCGAUUCUGACUGCUGCUGGGCAUUUGAAACGAACGUUUGGUUCAAAAUUUGAAGAAGACGAACUGGCCUUGUACGCUCUGGAACAAGUCAGCGUUCCAAAGUUCACACCCAGCGACACGCAGCUGUUUCGCGGAAUUGUCUCCGACCUUUUUCCUGGCGUGAAGGCGGCCUCGGAAGACUACGGUCUUCUUCUCUCGCAUCUCGAGCACGUUGCGAGGCAGCAGAGGCUCCAGCCCACAGAGGCGUUUCUCGCGAAGUGCAUUCAACUGUGGGACACCAUUAAAGUGCGGCACGGCCUCAUGCUGGUGGGCGCCACGCUGACGGGGAAAACUGCGGUGCUUGAGUGCCUUGCGGCGGCGCUGGAAUCCGCGAGCGAGGGGCCGGAACCAUGUGCAGCAGGCGAAAGCGAAGAGGCGGCGGACCAGGGGAGACGAAAGCAGACGGAGAGGAAAAGAGGAGAGAGGCAAGGCGAUGAGGAGGGAAACUGUUCGGAUUCAGAGGAGGCGCGAGACGAGGACGAAGAGGAAGAAACAGGAAACGAAGAAGACAGAAAAGGGAAAGGCGCAGGACCAGGAGAUCAGGAGGCAGGCCUGCAGGAGGAACAGGGAGGCCGUCGACGAGGAAGUGGAGAUGGAACCACAGAUCAGAGGAGGCGUGUCACUGGACCACACGAAUACAUGCCGUGUAAACUGUACAAGAUCAGUCCGAAGAGUGUGUCGCAGGGACAGCUGUACGGAAAAUAUGAUGAAAAUACACAGGAAUGGACAGACGGCGUUCUGGCGAUCGCCAUUCGGACCGCCUCGGGCGAAAGCGAGAUCCCCGCGAGACAGUGGAUUGUUCUCGACGGACCCGUGGAUGCGGUUUGGAUCGAGAACAUGAACACGGUCCUCGACGACAACAAGAAGCUCUGCCUCACGAGCGGAGAGAUCAUUAAGCUCUCAGCGCUGACGACGAUGAUUUUUGAAGUCGAAGACCUCUCCUCGGCGUCUCCUGCCACUGUUUCUCGUUGCGGCAUGGUCUACCUCGAUCAAACGCAUUGUACAUGGGAACCCAUGGUGACUUCUUGGAUCGAGAAACAGAAGCACAAGACAGAAAACAAGUCUCUUCCUUCCUCUAUAGACGACACUGAAACGGGAUGGACGCUCACAGAUCUCUUUCUACAAGCUGUGCCUGUCUUCCUUCAAUUCCUCAAGGUCCACUGUACAACGCCUGUCGCAGUGUCAGAUAACUGGCUGGCUUCCAUGAGUGAUAAAGACCGGGUGUACAUGCGCGACAACCUGUUUUUCUUUGCACUCAUUUGGUCCUUUGGAGCCUGUGUUGACGAAUCGAGUCGGCCCCUGUUUGAUGCGUUUUUCCGGCGCUGGCUUGCCGGCGCACCUCAGCUUCUUUCGGACUUCCAUUUGAUCACCAAAGGCCACGUCUAUCAGCCCCGCCCUCAGCGGCACGGCCUGUCCGAGCACGCGUCGGUUUUCGACGUUUUCUUCGACAAGAAAGCGAUGAAGUGGUUGUCUUUCAGUCUCCUCGUGCCUUCGCUUUCUUCGAUUCCCAGCCAUGCACAGACGUACACGCUGGUGGUCCCCACGCCCGAUACAGCUCGCAAUAAGCUGUUUCUGCAGACGUUUGCUCUUCACGGAGUACAUGCGCUUCUCGUAGGCGCAACGGGAACCGGGAAGACGACGUGCAUAUCUGCGCAGCUUAAAGACCAUUCGACGUUCAAUCGCGAACUCUACACCUCCCUCUCUCUGUGUUUUUCGGCGAAAACGACAGCGAAUGAAGUUCAAGACGUGAUCGACAGUCGCGUGGAUCGAACGCGGAAGACGGGGGUUUUCGCUCCGUCCCUCGGCCGCAAGUGCUUGGUUUUUCUGGACGACUUGAACCUCCCUGCAAAAGAAGUUUAUGGGGCACAACCGGUUAUUGAGUUGCUCCGGCAGUGGCACAGUAUGGGUGGUUGGUACAACAGGAAAACGUGGCAGUUCCGCCAGAUCGAAAACAUCCAGUUUCUCGCCGCCAUGGGAAUUCCUGGCGGGAGUCGCCAGCAUCUGACGCCGCGUUACCUUCGGCAUUUCAAUCUGCUGUAUCUUCCGCCCUUUUCGCGCACGUCCUUGGUGAUGAUUUUUGACUCGAUUCUCUCGUGGAAGUUCCGGGGGUUCGCAACCGAGCUUCAGACGCACGCAACAAAGCUGCUCGAGUCGACGAUAGAGGUCUACGGCGCGAUUUGCAGCGCCCUGCCUCCGACGCCUUCUCGAUCGCAUUACACCUUCAACUUACGGGACUUGGCCCGAGUUGUCGAGGGUCUAUGUUAUUGUACGAAAGACUCCUUCCGCUCCUCCGACGACUUGUCCCGUUGCUGGUUCCACGAGUUCCAGCGCGUCUUCUCGGACCGUCUCGUCUGUCGCGAAGACAAAGCGAAAGUUUUCGCGCUCCUGUCCGGGGUGCUCGAGACGAAAUGCAAACGGAAAUACCGCGAACUUGUCGACGCCUCCACUCCCCUGCUCUUUUGCGACUUCGUAAACCCCAAACAGCCCUACUACCAGCAAGUGACGCUCGAGAACCUUCGCGCUGUGGCCCAGAGCACGCUCGCAGAGUACAAUGCGCUCUACCUCAAGUCGCCGAUGAAUCUCGUUUUCUUCGCGCAAGCACUGAAACACCUCACGCGCGUCGUUCGCAUUCUCCAGCAACCCAAGGGAAACGGUCUCCUCGUCGGGUUCGGAGGCUCGGGGCGAAAGAGCCUCACGCGCCUCGCCACCUUUCUCGUUGGAUUCGAAACGACCUCGGUGGAGGUUACGCGGUCUUACGGUCUUGCUGAUUGGCGUGAAGACGUCAAAACCAUUCUCGUCAAAGCCGGCGGCCACGGAAAGCCGCUCACGUUCCUCCUCUCGGACUCGCAACUCGCCAACGACGCCUUCCUCGAUGAUGUCGCCAACCUGCUCAAUACCGGAGAGAUCCCAAACCUAUUCUCGACCGAAGAUAAAAUUGGAAUCUUUGACCUGUUAAGUCGCGGCUCUGCGGGUUCGCCCUCCUCUUCCGCUUCGUCUCCGCAAGCGACGGUCGCUGCGUCGGACGGCCAGAGUUCCGGAGACUUGUUCGAGCACUUUGUGAGUAACUGUCGCCAGAAUCUCCACAUUAUGCUCUUCUUCUCGCCGAGCGGGGAGAACCUGCGUCACAAAAUUCGUCUGUUUCCGGCCCUCGUGAACUGCUGCGCGAUCAAUUGGUUUUCGCAGUGGAGUGAGCAUUCCCUGGAGGCUGUCGCCCGUGAGGAACUGCGACCGCUUCGUUUGGGGAGUCUGUUAACCGCCCGGGGAGACACAACGACGCGCGGCAAAACAUUGAGCGCAAACGCUGCCGAAGACCCCGACGCGGAAGGGGAAACUGACGCGGGCGGUGCGGGGACAGCGAUCGAUGGAAAAGCGGGGUACUUGCAGGCGGAAGGCGCGACGGGCGAAAGGACGGAAGAGGGAGAUGUCGAAAACGGGGAAGGCCGCGAGAGCGGAAUUGAGAACAGGGGACCGGGUGAAACGACAGGCAGCGUAGAAGAAGAUGCGGACGUUCCUGAUAGUGCAUCGCAGUUAUGCUCGAUUUUCGCGUGUAUGCAACUGGACGUCAAUGAAGUGACAAACCAAUAUCGGCAAGAACUCCGGCGCCACUACUACAUCACGCCACGGUCGUACAUUGAGUUCCUAAAGCUGUUUUCCCACCUGAGUGUAGCGAAGCGUGAGGAACUGAAUCGCCAGGUCGAUCAGUACCGCCUCGGCCUGGAAAAAAUACAUUCGACUUCCAAACAAGUUGAAAAAAUACAAGGGGAACUGGAAUGCCUCAGACCGCAGCUGAUCAAAGCCUCACAAGACACAGCCGAGCUCAUGGUCAACAUCGCCAAAAUGCAGGAGAGCGCUGCGCUCACAAAGGCCACCGUCGAAGUCGAAGAGGCGCAGUGUAAAACUCAGGCAGACGCUGCAGCGGAGGUGAAGGAGCAAUGCAAAACCGAACUCGACACCGCCAUGCCUGCCCUAACGUCUGCUAUUGAAGCGUUGAAAAAACUCUCGAAAUCAGACAUCACUGAGUUGAACUCGAUGAAAACUCCCCCCGCCGGCGUGGUCAAAGUCGUCGAGGCGCUGUGCAAGAUGUUUGGCAUUAAGCCGUCGAAAGUGAAGAGCGCCGACAGUAUGCGCAAGGCGGAUGACUACUGGACUGCUUCAAAGAAGCACUUGCUGAGCGACACCAAGUUUCUCCAGCGGCUGUUCACCUACGACAAGGACCACAUCCCCGUCGAAGUCAUGAACGAAAUUUUGCCUUACCAAACCGACCCGGAUUUUGAUCCAGACGUCAUUAAAAAGGCCUCAGUGGCGGCCACGAGUCUGUGCAAGUGGGUCCGCGCAAUUAUCGUCUAUGAUCAGGUGGCGAAAGUUGUCGGACCCAAACAGAAAAAUCUGGAGAAGGCCGAGGCCGAGUUGGCCGUCGCCGCCGAGAAACUCGACGAGAAGAAACGGGAGUUGAAAGCUGUCGAGGAACUCCUCGGACGCUUGCUCGCAGAGCACAAGGCGGCCGAGAGCGAAAAGGAGGAACUCAAAAACCAGUUCGCCGAAUGCUCCCUCAGGCUGCAAGUCGCCGAGAGACUGAUCAAUGACUUGGCAGGAGAAAACACCAGAUGGAACGCUUCUUUCCAUGAACUCCGCGUUCGCAUUCAGACGCUUCUCGGCGAGUUGCUGGUGACCUCCGCGGUAAUUGCGUACUCGGGCGUUUUCCCCGCGGAUUAUCGUCAGCGGUGUUUAGCCAAGUGGCGAGAAACACUGGCGAAGCACGGCGUGGCGCUAAAUGGGCCGUUUGACAUGCAGAGGGCUGUGGGCGACUCGCUCCAAAUCCAGACGUGGAUCGUCAACAUGCUUCCACACGAUUCGCUGUCGAUCGAAAACGCCCUUAUUCUCUCGCUCUCGACGCGCUGGCCGAUGCUCAUCGAUCCGCAAAACCAAGCGACGCGGUGGCUUAAAAAGACUUACCCUGACAUGAUUGUUCUUCGAGCAUCCGGAGAUGCCUAUUUCCGAUCCCUGCAGAUCGCCGUAGAGAUGGGGAGUCGAGUCCUGAUCGAACACUGCAGCGAAGAACUAGAUCCGUCCCUCGACGCGCUUCUUUCGCGUGCUGUGUUCAAGGCGGGCAACAUCGACAUGAUUCGUCUUCGAGACACGACUGUCGAGUAUUCCAAGUCCUUUCACCUCUCCCUGUCCACUCUUCUCGGCAACCCCCACUUCUCUCCAGAGAUCUGUGCACAGCUUACCAUGCUAAAUUUCUCUGUCACUCCGGAAGGACUCGAAGAUCAGCUUCUUGGAGUUCUCGUGACUCUCGAACAACCCGCAAUCGAGGCGAAGAGGCAAGCGCUCAUUGUUGAGAGUGCCUCGAGUAAAAAACAGUUGCAGGCUCUAGAGGAAAAGAUACUCCACCUGCUAUCCAAUGCUAAGGGUGACAUUCUUGAUGAUCGUGAAUUGAUUGGAACCCUGAGCAGUUCGAAAGCAGCUUCACAAGCUAUCGAAGAUCGAGUGGCGGAACAGAAGAAAACCGUAGAAAUCGUAGAAUCGACGCGAGCGAUCUACCGCCCGGUGGCCUUUCGGACAGCGCGUCUCUUCUUUGUCGUUGCUGAUUUGGCCAGCAUCGACAGAAUGUAUCAUUUCAGUGUCGAGUGGUUUCUUGCCAUCUUCGUCGAAGCUAUCGAGACCGAAGACCCCGACGACAUGCAAAUGCAUCUGGAAGAAAUCGACCGUCAGUUUCUUUCUCUUCUCUACGAGAACGUGUGUCGCUCGCUCUUCGAGAAAGACAAACUUCUGUUUCCUCUGCUCCUGGCGUUGACGUCAAUGCGAGUGGACGGCGAGCUCGACACGGACCAACUGCAACUUCUCCUUCGGGGCGGCAUUACCGGCCGGGAAAUUUCUGCUUCAAAGCCCGCAGGCGCUGAAGUCUGGCUAAGUGACUUGGCGUGGACGCGACUCGUGGAGCUCCAGGAGAACGCGCAGGAAGGCGAUUUGUUUUCCAGCUUUCUGGAUGUCUUUCAAGACAGCCUAGACGAUUGGAAACGGGUCUUCGACAGCGAAGAGCCUCUCGAAGCCCCGUGGCCCGACGACCUGGAUCAAAGCGCGACGGAACUGGAAAAGUGUUUGUUGAUCCAAGCGUUGCGCCCCGACUGCCUGGUUAAGGCCAUGCGAAACUUAGUUGAAGACAAACUCGGCGCCUUCUUUCUCGACCCGCCUGCCUUUGAUCUCUCGCUCUCCUACAAGCUGUCGACGCCGGCGCGGCCUCUCGUCUUCGCCCUGUCUGCUGGUGCGGACCCAAUGAACGUCAUUCUGAAACUGGCGGAGACGAACAAAAUGGCAAAGAGACUCGUGACACUGAGCUUGGGGCAGGGCCAAGGCCCCAAGGCGAUCGCAGCCAUUGAAACCGCAACGAGUGCCGGGGCUUGGAUUCUUCUUCAGAACUGUCACCUCGGGGCCAGCUUUCUUCCUCAGCUGGAACGCAUCGUCGAGGAUCUGCCUCUGAAAGACAGUCAUCCCGACUUCCGUCUCUUCCUUACAUCCGCGCCCUCGCCACACUUCCCGGAAUCGGUGCUCUUGAAUAGCGUGAAGGUGACGAACGAGCCUCCACGAGGUCUUCGCCAGAACCUGCUGCGCUCGUAUCUCGGCUUCGACGAAACGUUCCUCGAGGACCAUCCCAACCCGGCGGCGUGGAAAAAUGUGCUUUUUGCUCUGUGUUUUUUUCACGCGAUGCUCCUGGAGAGACGGAAGUUUGGGCAUCUGGGUUGGAACGUGCCGUACGAAUUCUCGCACAGUGACAUGCAGAUUUCCAUUCAGCAGCUGAGGCACUUCGUGGGGGCGUUUGAUCAGAUUCCGUGGAAAACCCUCAAGUACCUUGCAGCGGAAACGAACUACGGAGGACGAAUCACCGACCCUUGGGACAGACGCCUGAUCAACUACCUUAUCGACGACGUCUACACUCCAGGGAUCCUGCAAGAAGGCUCUUGUCUCUGCGCGUCGGAGGGAAUUAUGGUGCCUCCCGCAACGUGUACAUAUGACGAGUAUUUACGCUUCAUACGCGAAUUGCCGACGGAGGAAAGUCCUGAAGUUUACACACUCCAUAUGAAUGCAAAUAUGUCCGUGGCGAUUUCGGAGGCGAACUUCAUUCUUGACGCAGUUCUGUCUCUCCUGCCUCGCACGGCAUCUGGGAAUUCGGCAUCGGGAAGUUCUUCGACACGUGCCUCUUUGGUUGCUCAAAAGAUUCAGGAUCAAUUGCCGGAUAUCUUUGAUAUUGCUGCUGUUGAGCAGAAAUAUCCAAUUCGAUAUGAGGAGAUCUUCAAUACAGUGCUUAUUCAGGAACUUAGUCGAUACAAUCGACUUCUAACAGUUAUAAAGACACACUUGAAAGCGUUGCAGGAUGCAGAAAAAGGCCUCGUUCUCCUGACUCCAGAGCUCGAAGACAUGGGCAACAGUUUGUCGGAUAAUCGGGUUCCAGGCGUGUUUUCACGUUUCGCCUAUCCUUCGAUGAAGCCGUUGAGUUCCUGGAUAAAAGACCUAAUCCAGCGUGCGCAGUUUUUUCGGCGCUGGAUUGACGAAGGCCCUCCCACGUCGUUCUGGUUGCCCGCGUUUUUCUUCACGCAGUCCUUUCUGACGGCAAUCCUUCAGCGUUUCUCCAGGCACGCGCACGUGCCGAUCGACGAGGUUUCCCUCGAUUUUGAAGUGCUUCCACCCUCGACAAAAUCCGAGGACACGCGACAGGCGCCUUCGACAGGGUGUUACGUUUACGGAUUGUAUUUGGAAGGCGCACGAUGGGACGACGAAGAAACAGUAGUCGCCGAAGCUCAUCCGGGUAUUCUCUUCUGCGAGAUGCCCAUGAUUUGGAUCGAGCCGUGCGAGGCGUCUCGGCCGAGAAAGUGUCAGGAUAUCUACGAAUGCCCCGUCUAUAAAACAGCUGCACGCGCAGGAACAUUGUCGACUACGGGGCACUCGACAAACUACGUGCUAACCGUUCGACUUCCCAUCAAUCCUCAACAAAGUUCAGCCGCUUACUGGGCAAAGCGAGGUGUCGCCCUUUUGCUGCAGUUGAGCACAUAA